CUUUCAUAAUUGGAUUAUCACUUCUCGCGUACAUGGAGAAAGGUCUGUGGGUUAUCUCCUCAGUCUUUGUGGUUCUGUGGCUCAGUUGGGUGUGCGUCGAACAUCAUUGCAGAUGGACUGGCCGUGGAUGCUUUGGGUUUUGUGCUCUGUCCCUGGCAUACAAUCUCAUUUUGUGUGGAAUACGGGAGGCGGUUCUUCGCUCUUUGUGGCCCUUGCCUUACCGCUGGAGCUGCACGAUAAAGUCUUUUUGUCCUACAACUUUGAAGUUACCUACCAUCUGCCCAAAACAUGGACAGACAAGCCGCCAGUGCUGCGCCAUGGAAAUGGCACAAAUGCUGAUUAUGCACUGAGUGACUACGAUGGACACCAGGGACACUAUAGGCCCGGGGCAGAUUUUGAUGAUUAUUACGAGGAUUACGAGGGACACAAGCACCAUAAGAAAAAAAAGAAGAAAAAGCCAGCAAGUGGAUCAGUGGCUGUUCUGAAGCCACCAAAGCACAAACACAAAAACAAACACAAGAAAAACAAGAAGAAGAAAAAGCCACCAAAGGAGGAAGAUGAUGGCGAUGACUAUAAGGACUUUUUUGAGGGAUAUCCGCUGGAUGGCGAUGGUAAUCCUGUGGCCCGAUAUCGCCAUGAGAGAUCCUUGCUGUCGCGCACCAAGUUUUACGAGAUUUUGAGCCGCCGCUUCGAACAGCACGGCUUCGGCUCCGGUGAUCAGUGCCUGCUGCGGCUGAUCUGCGAGGCAAACAACUACCAACUGGGGAACCUCAAUGGAGUGCUGGGCAGCCUGGUUAACGUCAUGUUCUGCCCCAGCAGCUCUCGCUACGAGUCGCUGCCGCAGCGGUACUACAACGCCGAGCUGGCCGGGCGGCGAGGCAGCUGUGAGGCAUACCACAGCCAGUGCCGGCAGAGCUUACUCGAUCUGAUCACGCAAUAAAAGUUGAG